AUGAAGAAUUUCCAAUUAAUUCUCUUAACAACCUUUUCGUUAAAUGUUGCUGCUAGGCUUUACAAUUACACUUUCUCUGCACAUGCUGUGGAAGAAAAUGCACUUAUAGACGAUUUAUACUUACAAGCUGCUUUGGAAAGUGACGAUACACUCUACUUCUUCCUCGGCCCUAAAUCAGAUGCAGUAACUAUAUCCUGUGAUGCUUCAGGAUAUACUUGUUACGUGCUUUAUAAUGAUCAAUACUUCACUCUCGGGCAAAACGACAACGAUUUUAUCGUUGCUUCUAAAAGGGGAGGGUACCAGGACUAUGCUCGUGUUUAUGUUAAUUCAUCUUUGGGGUAUUUGGAUGUCUAUGGGACCUACUUUUAUGCACUUCAAAAUGCUGAUGAUCCAAUUCUGUACUCAGAUGAUCAUUUCGUUAUUGUUAAUAGUGUUGACACGGACUCAACAUUUGCAUACGAACUUCGUCUCUUAUUGGAGCAGGCAACGCUGGAUGUCAUAGAUGCACAAAGAGUUUUCAAUCCAACUAAUAUCACAAUGUCUGGUGAAGUUGGGGCUGUUAAAGAAGAUUAUCAUAGCUCUAUCAAUUAUUUCUUCUACUCAUAUACAGAAGAGGGAGGCUCGCCUGUUGAAACUUUGUAUCUACAAGCAACGCUCGAAAGUGAGGAUACGCUCUAUUUCUUCCUAGGCCAAAGAAGUCAAGCAAUUACCUUUUCUUGUGAUCACUUUGGUCGCCGCUGUUACGUUGAUAUCGAAGGUGAAUUGUUUUAUCUUGGUGUGGAUGAUAAAUACUUUAUAGUUGCCAGGAAAGAAGAGCUUAAGAAUGACUCCAAUGCUACUAUAGACGUUGGAUCGAGUUUACAAUCUAUCUACAUCGAUGGGUAUGAUUUCCAUGCAAGCAAUACAGUGGAAGACCCAUUACUCUUUUCAAAGCAACGUCCAGUUCUCCUCCUGGGAAAUUUUACGUCAGAUACCCAACUUUACAAUUUCAGACUUCAGCUGCAAAAGGUUUCUCUGUAUGCAACAGAUUACCAAAUUUUUAAUAACCCAGAAGCUAUUCCAUUACACAAUCAAACUAUAUCAAGUGCGAGUCGGGUAAGUGCAUAUUUGACCCAGUCCGCUACGAACUCAAGAGCUACCAGAACUUCUGGAUAUUCUUUUGCUUCUGCUAAAAGGACAUCAGCGGCAUACUCUUAUACUUAUACUGGAUACAGCUAUAGUACUAGCAGGUCUAGUUCAAAUUCCGGCUCAGGAAUUAGUAAGAGCACAAAAAUUGGAAUAAUUAUAGGGGUACUUGGAUUCUGGGUUCUUUGUGUGGUUGUUGCGUUCAGCAUUCGAAGUGUUUUGAAUAAACGCAAGGAUAAGCUACUCGAAGAAGAUAAAGAUUCUCUCCCACCAUAUACGCCUUGA